AUGGUGAGCACCAAGUGUCCUCCUGCUUUUAGUGCAGGCGAGGAUGCCACAGUCAGCUAUUUGUUGUCCCGGAUCCUGUCCGGAGGCAGAAUCUGCAGGGCAACGGAACUUGCUGCAUGCCUCCCUCGGUGGUUUAGCGACCUCAAAGAGAAUAAGCCAAUCGCCCCAGGUAGCCCGGAGCUACUAUGUCGUCUUACACUCCCAUUCGGCACACCUUCUAUUCUAGAACAAAUCGAGAGCCUCCAAAUCCCCGACUCUUUGACCGAUAGACAGAGGUGGAUGGCGAAACUCCGUAUCCUCAUGGAUAACAAAGCACAUGAAAGGCUGCUGCAGAAGUUGGAAUCUUUGCAGGAUCAACAGAUAUCAUUCGAAGCUCUCUGUGAGCAAGAGAACGAAGACUGUACGGACGAUUAUCUUGUUGCUGACCCCAAACGGACCCUACAAUUUGACUAUGACAUGCGGGAUGUGAUGAUUCGGGGUGAUAAAAACGCAAUGAGAAAGAAUCACGAAGUCUUUUACGUGACCGGCUCCGUUGCCUGGACAGUUCGAUCUCCUUACUGGAAUGUCGCAUUGGCCACAGACGAUGAAGGUAAUCGAUAUCUCUCAGACGAUGUUUUGGAUGAAGUCCUUCCCAAAUGGAGACAAAUUCUCACCGGGGAGACGAUCCCGACUCCAAAGUAUGGUGUUGUCGAUUCUUUUCGUUUGUGGCUGGCUAGUGAGGAGAAAAAGGCGAGUGACCUGGGCAAAUCUUGGCCACCAAGCACCCCUAUCAAUACUGCUUCAGCCUCGAGGCUCGGGUUUGUAACUCCGGAACCCUAUUCUCGCCUUCGCGCAUCAGAUGCGAGCCGUCUCUCUCCGUUUCAAUCCCCCCAAAAGGUCACUGGCAGUGAGCAAACUGAGUUGCUCCGAGAGAUACUCACGCAAAUCAAAGAAUUGAAGACAAUAGUCGGCCAAAUUCUCGAAAGCAAGCAAGAGCUUGAGAUUACAGAAAAUCAAAUACAUGGAUCUUUACCACGCUAUCCUCCCAUUCCUCUAGCAAUGCAACCUCCAGCACCUCCAGCAAUGCAACCAAACUAUUUCCUGCGACAGAGUCAACUCUCUGGUCCUCAAUAUCAGCUCGAGCCAGAUUGGCAGCAACGAUGGAACUCACAGUACCAAGGCCCGACUACCAUGCCAGGCCCUGGACCUAGUUCAGCUCGUCAUCUCUAA